AUGAAGCCUCAAUGGGUGAACAUGGAGACUGCAGACGACCAGUCAUUCGAUGCAACGUCUCGACUGUUUAACUGGCACAGAUAUCGCGAUCAUGGUCUUUGGCUUGAAGAUAGAAAUGUGAGCAUAGAUGAUGUACGCCGUAUUCAGUUGCAUCCAUGGAUAGAGGACAUUUUCAGUGAUGGAGAUGACCCGAUAAAAGAAAAUCCACGCCCAGAGAUUGAUCUAGAGGCUAUCUUGAAAUGGUGUCAUGAAAUUGAAGACCCGGAUAGUGUUAUGGAAUGA